AUGAUCGAAGGCAACUGGGUAACAUGGGUCAUUUAUGUCACCACAUUCUCUCUUUUGGCUCAUCUCAUCCACGUGAACCAGCUCCUCAGCCGGACACCAGAUGAAGUCCGGAAGCUGUCGGGUCCGCGCUGGACGCCGGAACAGCUGAAGGAAACGUAUAAGAGGAUAAAAGAGAGACCUAUUGACUACACAGACAAGCUCCCACCGAAGCUCGAGCGUCGGUAUAUCGUCACAGGAGGCUCUGGCCUCGUGGGCGGCUUCAUCGUGCUCCAACUGCUCACGCGCGGCACGCCUCCCAAAAGCAUCCGCAUCGUGGACAUCCGCCGCACCGAGCGCAAUGACAUGCAACGCGGCCCAGCGACCGAGGUCGACUUCGCGCAGACAGACAUCACAUCGCGCGCCUCGGUCGACGCCGCCUUCAAGCGGCUUUGGCACCCAAGCGUCGCGCAACUACCUCUCACGGUCUUCCACACGGCAGCCGUGAUCCUAGCAUCAGAGCGCUCGGCAUUCCAUUACGGCUUCCCGGAAGCCGUCAACGUGAAGGGCACCGCGAACGUGCUAGCGGCGGCGCAGGCGGCCGGGGCCAGCAUCUUCAGCUCGACGUCUUCGGGGUCCAUCUCCAUCCGUACCGUGGAGCCGUUCGUGGCCCCGUGGGCCGGCGCGCCGCGCCACUUCUGGCAAGUACUGGAUGUGCGCGACUUCGAUGAGCCGCUGAGGGAAAGGGACGGGUAUUUUGGGAAUUAUCCGGCUUCGAAGGCGGUUGCGGAGCGUAUGGUCUGUGGGAAGGACCGGGAAGACUUUCGUACCGGUUGCAUCCGUCCUGCUAAUGGCGUUUAUGGCAAUCCGACUGAUAAUACCGUUGGGGAUCCCUUGAGUCGGGCUGUGUUGCCUACAUGGGUCGGGCACAUUGUUCAGAACUUCGCGCACGGGGCCAAUGUCGCCAUCGGACAUCUACAACAAGAAGCCGCGCUCGCUCUGCCGCCGUUGAAGAGCGCACGGUGUUCGGGCCGACCGUUCGUGGUCACGGAUCCGAAUCCGCCGAUUAGGUAUAAUGACCUCUAUACCGCGAUCAAGACCCUGUCGGUCCAUCCAUUCACCACUAUCCCCGUGCCGCCAAUCGUAAUACUGCUCCUUUCCCACGCUGUGGAGAUAUACUCCGACCUACCAUACAAGUUCCCCUUCCUCCGACCCAUCCUGCCGGCGCUGAAGGGGGACAUCAAGCACCUCAAGCCGGGGCUCUUAUCCAUCUGCACGCACCUCGUAGUAGUCGACUCGGAAGCCAUGAAACCGGUGGCCGAGGGUGGGCUCGGCUACACCGGGGUCCUCACGACGCUGGAGGGGAUGACGCUGGAAAUUCUGGAGUGGAAUGAGGAACACGUCGAUGACGUGAAGACGCGGAAGGUUUAUACGACGUCUAUAUCGCUUGCGGAGACGAUACAGAAGCUGCGCUCUGUUGGAAAUGGUGUUGCGCAUUGA